AUGGAAGAUCCGGUGAUGCUACAGUCAGCAGUUCGUCUGCCUACUCCCCCACCGGGCGCGUCCUACUCUCCCCAGCCUUCUGGGACUCGAAAACGGUCACCACCAUCCCGAUCCCCUUCACCUGACCGGCGUCGUUCUCCUCCAAACGGGACGUCUCGUGGAGGGCCUGACUUUCCUCAUGGCGAGUCAAACAGUCAUAUGGAGAGAGAACGUCAGCUCACCGAACGGCUUCGAAUACGAGAAGCUCCUGCGAAGCCCUUGACCGAAGAAGAGAAGCAAGCUGCUGCGAAGGCGGAAUAUGAAAAACUGCUGAAUAUGCGCUCUGGUGGAACUUACAUUCCUCCAGCGAAACUUAGAGCACUUCAAGCUCAGAUCACUGAUAAGACGAGCAAGGAGUAUCAGCGGAUGUCAUGGGAGGCCCUGAAGAAAUCCCUUAACGGUCUGAUCAACAAAGUCAACGUUUCGAACAUCAAAUUUAUCGUUCUGAGCUUUUUGGAGAGAAUCUCGUUCGCGGCAGAGGCUGCUAGUUUGCCGUUUACUCCAAUAUAUGCCGCCAUGGCCGCGAUUGUCAACACAAAACUUCCGCAGGUGGGAGAGCUUUUGCUAAAUCGGCUCAUAGUCCAGUUCCGCAAGGCCUUCAAGCGAAAUGACAAAGCCGUUUGCAUCUCGUCGACCACCUUUAUUGCCCACUUGUGUAAUCAACAGGUGGCACAUGAAAUGGUAGCUGCUCAAAUCCUGCUGCUUUUGCUACACAAACCUACGGAUGAUAGUGUGGAGAUUGCUGUUGGCCUUACUAGGGAGGUCGGACAAUACUUGGAGGAAAUGGGAGGGCCAAUCGCGCUUGCUGUGUUUGACCAGUUCAGAAACAUACUUCACGAGGCAGAUAUUGAUAAGCGUGUUCAAUAUAUGAUCGAAGUUCUAUUCCAGGUCCGAAAGGAUCAUUACAAAGAUAACCCUGCUAUCAAGGAAGAGCUUGAUCUCGUCGAGGAGGAAGACCAGAUCACGCAUCGCAUUAGUCUUGAUGAUGAAAUCGAUGUCCAAGAUGGUCUGAAUAUAUUUAAGUAUGAUCCUCAGUGGGAGGAACAUGAAAAUGCAUAUAAGAAGUUAAAAGCUGAGAUUCUGGGCGAAGGGAGUGAUGACGAAGACGGGGACGAGGGUGAAUCGGAUGAAAGCUCCGAUGAGGAUGAGGAAGCCGAGAAAGACCAGCAAAUGGACAUUAAGGAUCAGAGCAAUACCGAUCUUGUUAACCUCAGGAGGACGAUCUAUUUAACUAUUAUGUCGAGUAUUGAUUUUGAAGAAUGCUGCCACAAACUCAUGAAGAUCACUUUGCCACCGGGACAGGAGUCGGAGUUGCCGUCCAUGAUCAUCGAAUGCUGCUCUCAGGAGCGGACUUAUUCCAAGUUCUAUGGCUUGAUCGGGGAGCGUUUUGCGAAACUCAACCGUCUUUGGGCUGAUCUGUUCGAAGAGGCCUUCAUCAAAUAUUACGAUACUAUCCACCGCUACGAAACAAACCGUCUUCGGAACAUUGCGAAAUUCUUUGGACAUAUGCUCAGCUCGGACGCGAUUGGUUGGCAUGCGUUGUCCAUUAUUCAUCUCAACGAAGAAGAGACAACAUCUAGUAGCCGUAUCUUUGUUAAAAUACUAUUCCAGGAACUGGCCGAAGUUCUUGGAAUGGCGAAACUGCAGGAAAUUUUCAAUGAUGAUAUACUCCAACCUAGUUUUGAGGUAUUGGUAUGGGUGUUCUCACAGAAGGGAUGCGCGAGCAUUUGA